AUGCCUAUGAAACUUGAUGGUAGCUGCCAGUGCGGCGGCGUGGAGUUUACUCUGCAGUCAAACACGCCUGUGCCUUACCAGCUAUGCGCUUGCAGUAUCUGCCGCAAAGUGGGUGGCUAUGUGGGUGCCGUGAACCUAGGCGGUAUUGCCAACAGCCUGCAGGUGCUGAAAGGAAAGGAGUUGAUCAAGAAAUACAACGCUAUCAAAGAUCGCGGCACUCCGACGGAAGAGCGUUGCUCCUCGGACCGAAACUUUUGCUCCAACUGCAGCUCUAUGCUUUGGCUGUGGGACCACCACUGGCCCGAGCUGAUCCAUCCAUUUGCAUCAGCUAUUGACACUGAAUUGCCUGUGCCGGAUGAGAUGGUUUGCGUGAUGAAUAACUCAAAGCCUGCCUGGGCGAGAUGGCCCGAGGGCAAGAAGUCUGUCCAUGAGACUUAUAAUGGAGAGACGAGCCUCGAGGGGUGGCACAAGCAGCAUGGCCAUUGGGUGGAGUGA